AUGACAACCAAUUACAAUUUAUAUUCUAAUGAAGUCACAAAACAAAACGAAAUGAUAAACUCACUUGGUGAUAUAGCAAUUAGAAUACACUCUAAUGUGAAAGGAAUUUCAGAUGAACUUAAUGUACACUCAGAUUUGUUAGAUGAAGUUAUUCAUGACCAUGUAAAAAAAACACAAUCGCGACUUAAAACUCUUUUACUAAGAUCAGAAGAUAAAGUGAGGUGGUCGUUAAUAUGUUAUUUAUGUUGUGUAUUGAUUAUUGUUAUAUUUCUUGCUAUAACGCUAUAA